UUUUGGUUAGAGUUCUUGGUUUGUUAACAAUAUUGCAUGCACACGGAAACGUGGCGCUGCAAUAUUCAAAUCUUUUUCAAUAGAAAGGCAAACAAAAAUCUCUAAAUCUGAAAACCCAUAAAACGUUACAUUUCAAUUCAUUCAUCAAUUAUCAGAUUUCUCAAUUGUUUAAUUAAGCAAUUUUUGUUUCCUUUCUAUUGAUCAUUUUGUUCUUUUGAACGUGUUUGUUCAUUGCACUUCAUAUUCAAUGAAAAAGUAAUCAACUUUGCAAAACGAAUGAUUGAUUUUAUAAUCUGGGUGUCUACGAAAAGAAUCUAAAUCUCAAGAUUCUUAUUGUAAAUUUGCAAAAUUGAUUCAGAUUUUUAAAGAAGAAAAAAAAAAUGGGUGUGGAUUAUUAUAAUAUAUUGAAGGUGUAUAAAAAUGCUACAGAAGAUGAUUUGAAGAAAGCAUAUAGAAAAUUGGCUAUGAAAUGGCAUCCUGACAAGAACCCCACCAACAAAAAAGAAGCUGAAGCCAAUUUCAAACAAAUCUCUGAGGCUUAUGCGGUAUUGAGUGAUCCUCAAAGAAGGAUGGUUUAUGAUCAACUUGGAGAGCAAGGGUUGAAAGAUAGGCCACCACCAGAAAAUGAGUCAACAAGUGGUUUUUCUUCAAGAAGUGCAGAGGAUAUCUUUGCAGAAUUCUUUGGAAGUAGUCCUUUGAAUUUUGGAUCAUCUGGACCAGGUAGGUCAAAGAGAUUCCCAUCUGAUGGUGGUGCAGGAGGAGGUGCAUUUAGUGGAUUCAGCGGAAAUGACUUCAAUUUUAGAACACAUAGCGAAAGAGCAACUAUGCCGAAGAAACCGCCACCUGUGGAAACCAAAUUGGCUUGUAGCUUGGAGGAGUUGUAUUCUGGAUCUAAAAGGAAAAUGAAGAUCUCAAGGACUAUAAUGGAUGCAUACGGAAAGGAAAUUAAAGAUGCAGAGAUAUUAAGCAUUGAAGUAAAACCAGGAUGGAAAAAAGGGACAAAGAUUACAUUUCCAGAUAAAGGGAAUCAACAAAAAAAUCAACUACCAGCAGACCUAGUAUUUGUGAUUGAUGAGAAGCCUCAUGAAUUGUUCAAGAGAGAUGGAAAUGAUCUCAUUGUGAACCAAAGCAUAACACUUGCAGAGGCUAUUGGAGGAACUUCGGUGUAUCUUAAAACACUAGACAAACGUAGUUUAUGCGUCCCGGUGAAAGACAUUGUUAGUCCUGGUUAUGAGUUUGUUGUUGCUAAUGAAGGAAUGCCAAUAACUAAAGAGCCUGGUCAUAGGGGUGAUUUGAAGAUUAUUUUUGAAGUUAAGUUUCCUACAAAAUUGACACCAGAACAACGUGCUGGACUAAAGCGGGCAUUGGGAGGUUGAUGAUGGAUUAUAACUUUUUUAUCCAAUUCUCAGUGUUUGUUUCCUUUUUCAUGCGUCAUUUUCUUGAUGAUUUGUAACUUUCCGUACAUAUUUUUUGGUGUAACACUAACAUGAGUACUGUACGUGACCCUUCCCAUUGUUGUAUAUUCUUGGUAAAAUGAUUAAUUCUA